AUGCAUCCAGUUCUAAACGAUGGGCGCUUAUGCUGGUGUAUCUCGGGCCACAGAUUUGUUUUCAUGGUUUUUCUAUGUUCUAUAAUUUAUAUCAGCAAAGGUUCCAGUUCAGAAAUACUACUUGGGACCUAUUCUGGACCAAAAUUGAACGAGACUCUUCAGGGCAGUGUACUCCGUUAUGCAGACAAGUCUUCUCCAUCAAUCGUUGAUAAUGAUACGUUAUCAUGUGAAGACUUGAAUGGUGCCGGGACAUUUGAAACAACCUGCAUAUUGAAUACUAGCUUGCAAUUGGAUCGUGAUCUUUGUAUAUCUGGGGCAGGAAACUUGGAGAUUUAUCCAAAUGUUAUGAUUUUGUGCCACAUAAGUGGCUGUUCAAUAACUGUGAAUGUAUCUGGAAAUGUUACAGUUGCGGCAUACACAGCAAUAAUUGCAGGAUCCAUAGCUUUUGAAGCUAAUAGCAUCACGUUAUCCCAUGAUGCAAUAGUCAACUCCACGUCCUUAGGAGGACCACCACCUGCACAGACUAGUGGCACACCAAGCAGUUUGGAUGGAGCUGGUGGUGGACAUGGAGGACGUGGUGCAUCAUGUCUGAGAAGUAACAGUACGCCCUGGGGUGGGGAUGUUUAUUCUUGGUCAACUCUGUCAGAUCCAUGGAGCUUUGGGAGUAAAGGUGGCAGUGCGUCUGCUGACAGACAAUAUGGCGGAGAUGGUGGAGGCCGCAUUAUGCUUAAAGUGGUUGACACACUCAACAUAGAUGGAUUUGUACUUGCAGAAGGUGGUGAAGGAGGUCUUAGAGGGGGGGGUGGCUCCGGUGGUAGCAUUCAAGUCAUUGCAUCAAAUCUGUGAGCAUCAAUAGUUUUACUGUGUUAAUGCUUUUCAUUUAUCUGAGAUUCUGAUUUUUGGCUUACUUUACUGUGGUAAUUGCUUUCCUCUGCGGUAUGUCGAACAGGAGUAGAUUCAGUUUUCUGACUUUAUAUCGCCACUUUAACAAAAAUUAUCUUUGGACCACGGGGCACAACCAGUCACAAAGAAGAGAAAAGAAAACUUUCAGCUUACUCAUCAUGGUGAUAGAAUAAUCCAUACAAGCAGACGCUCUUAGCCUAAGAAACGACUAAAAAAAUAAAAUUAAACCAUUCCUUCUGUACAACUUUCUAGUGUCUCCAAUGUUAUCUACAUAUAAAUGUGCUCGUGAGUUAAUGUCUCCAAGGCUUUUGGUGCGUUGGGCACUCAACUCAAAACCAUUUUUUAAUGAUUUCUAGGAACCUAGUUUUAUGGCUAGUGCUUAGAGCAAUGCAUCAAUUGACAUAAUUUUCCUUUAAACAACAACAUAUCAUGUCUGUACUGUCUCAGUGUUUUAUAGAAUACAAUGUAAAGCAUAAGCUAUGGGACUCAUCUCACCUUUUUCCCUUUAAAAACAUUUGAGUUUAGACAGUUGAACUUCUAUUUCGUUGGCGUUUGCUAUGAUUCUUACCUAUUUGCCAAAAUCUUUUAUUCUAUUCUUCCUCCUAUUGUUUUUAGUUCCACCAUGAAAUUGAAAAAGAUUACGUCUUGAUUCCAAUCUGGUUUGCUUUGUGCCUGAAGCCUAUUUAUUAUUUUGAUUUGUUGACAACAAUCUGAGAUUACAUCAGUACACUAGAUUAUCAGUUUUAUUGUGAAUGGUUCCACCUCCAGAUGCUAAAUGAUGGGCACCUGCACUGGUUUAUUGUGUCUAGGCACAAACUUGUUUUCAUGUCUUUUCUAUGUUCUGUAAUUUAUACCAGGUUAGGUUUCAGUUUGAUGUUUGUUUAGAUUGGUUGGCUACAAUGUAACAUUACAUCAAUUUAAUAGACUAUCAGUUUUGGCAUCUAUUUCGUUUGGUCCAUUAUGUGAAGAUUAAAUUGACUUCACUUUUUGAGGCACUUUGUGCCCCCUCAUAUAUUUGGGCUAGGAUACAAGUUUAUUUCUUUCCGUUUUGGAAAAAUACCACAUGAUGGAUAGUAAAUCGAUCAACAUUUCCAGAGGAGAUUUUUUGUAGAAAAACAUAACCAUGUAAGAGAGGUUGUGUUCUUGAAUAAAAAAGUGUUGAAGAUCGAACCAGAUCUGGUGCGCUGGAUAGACAACCCUCGCAUCCGUGGAGAAAAUGUUUUUCAUUCAAAAGGAAAAUUCAGUUACAAAGUAGAAGGGCCUGGUAUUGAUUCUAGGCCCGAGAAGAUUCUAGACACAUAACGACCAGACCCUGGAAUGAUCUAUAGACACAUCUAUCCUCAUAAUUGUGUCCUGUCAACACUCCCCCUCAAGCUAGCAAGUGGAUGUCAUCCAUUCCCAACUUGGGAAUAAUCUUUUUUGGUAAGCAUGGCUGCCAAUUGAUCGUGCGUAGAGAUAUAUGACUUCAAAUCAAAUUUGCCUUUAACUUUUCUUUGAUGAAAUGAUGAUCAACCUCUACAUACUUGGUACGAUCAUGUUGUGUUGGAUUAUGCACCGUAUUAAUUACUGGCUUGUUGUCACAAAAAAGUUUCAUAAGAUGAGUAAGAGAGAUUUUUAGCUCAUCAAGUUUUUCACCCAGAGUAACCCACACACACCUGGGCAAAUGCCCUGAAUUUAGCUUUAGCAAUCAUAUUCUAUUUACUCCAUGUAAUAAAGCUGCCUCCAAUGAAUGUGAGAUGUCCAGAAGUCGGAUCUUCAGUCAGUUUUGAACAAUGUACUUUUGCUAACUCUCUAGUGUAUAUGUAUCUUUAGUCAAUAUUGUUGUUUGUAGUUUCGGGUUAUCAUGAUUUUUCCUACUGAUCUUAAACACCAUUAAUAUGACAUUAAAUAGUUCAACUACCACAGAUGGUCAAGAUUUGAAAGUAUUUAUUAGAACCCAAGGUAAGGAAUUCUGUUUGCUAUAAAAAGCACUUUGGAAUUGAUCUCAUUCUCUAUUUGAUAUUUUCUGUUCAUAAUAAUUUAUUCUUUUAAUUUUAAUACAAUACUCAGUUUUUUGGUCAAUAGACAUCCUUCUCUCAUCUAGUGCUUGGCGUAAAGAUUACUCAUCAUGACAUGGUUAUUUGAAAACUUAAAGCCUCAAGUACGUCUAAUGUUAAAUUCUUGAAAAUAAUAAGUGACAUUAGAUAUGUCAUCCAUGAGAGGUAUAUUCGUGAAUAAUAUAUAGCUAAGAUGUAUGAAUAUGAGUAGAUUUUCGGUUUUCAGCUAGGUGCCAAGCUGCCUUUUCAUUAGAUAUUCAUAAACAGUAAGCUUGAAGAGAGGCAUUUAAGUUGCCAUGUUUCAUUCUAGAUCAAAUGGAAUGAUCUUAAUGUUCGUAGUGAAUUAUUUACCAAAAGAUCAGUUUCAUCACUCUGUAAUAUCAUUUUCAACUCAAGUGGAUUAUAUGGCUAACUCUACAACCACCAUUUGGGAUUUAGUGAUCAUGGGGAAUCUAUUGCGGUUGUGGUUAUGACCUUGGGAAGUUGUAUGACGGAGUUUGUGGGUGUGGUAACCAAUAGUGUUGUUCGUCGUUGGAAGAAAAAGUCAUAUUUCAUAAGAUAUUAGGGUGUAUGGGCAGUCAUGUAGCUACUUCCACUUAUUUAUGUGAUGGUCAUUACAAUGUUGAGACCUCUUUUACACUUGCUGAUAUUUCUCUUGAGGAAUAAGAGAAGUGGAAUCAAAAAAUUGAAGCUUCACAUACAAUCUCUAAUUCAUGAUAUUUAGCUACAAGUGAUCCUUUGACCUUCUUUUUGGCUUUCGAUUUUGAUGCUUCAUCAAAUGUGACAGGUACUACUUUAUUCUCCUCGUUGUACCACUCCUCUUCUAUUCCUCUUAUUUUCAUUUACAAUAGUUUCAUGUUUCAUCUUUGAGUUAAGCCAUUAACCCUUAUACCUCAACUGUUUCCCUUGAAUAGGUUUUAUAUAUUUUAUCCAUCAACCAGCUCAGUAAUUAAUUUCAAUUUUAUACAACGUUCUUUCAUAUUGUUUACAUUCUUCAGGAUCUCCAACGAAUAAGGAUUGGUGAAAUAUCUAAGCCCAUGAGGCUUUCUUAUUUGGAUGCUCGACCUUCUCUUAAAGUUGCACAUUCCUCUAUUAUCUCUCAUCUUUAAUGCCAUCUUCAACUUCGCCAAUCUAUAAUUUAAAAACUGAAACAAUGAAUUCUAAGGAGUUAGCUACAGCUUUUAGAUGCUACGCUUGUGAGUUAGGCAAGUACUGUCCGUCCAUCUUUACCACUAGAUGCCUCAGACGAAAUUCAUCCUCUUUUUCCUUGGUUCAUUCUGAUAUUAUGGAAAGCGGUGUACCCCUGUUUUUAAAUUUUAGUGCUUUGUAAUCUUUGUAAAUAACGUCACACAUAUGACUUCACUUCAUCUGUUAAAGGAGAAAUGUGAAAUUCUUCAUUUAUUUAAAUAUUUUCACAUGAAAAUUGAAAUUCUAUUCUAAAUCAAUAUUUGUGCUUAUACUAAAUAUCAUUAGAAUAGAUGGGGAGGAAUUCACGAUUUAUUAUACUUUUCAUUGAAUAAUUCAUUAGAUAUCAUGUGCAUACUCCUCGCCAGAAUGGUACACAUCAAUAGAUGAAUGCUAUCUUUUUGAUAUAGCUUUUACUAUUAUGUUUCAUAUGCAAGUUUCUAAUGAGUUUUGUGAGACAUUUGUCUACGUUAUCACCAACUUUACAACGGAUUACUUACCGGAAUAAACAUCAGAGAAAGGACAUAAUGCUUAGGUUUUUUUUCCAUUAUUUUGAGGAUAUUUUGUGGUUAUUUCCCAAUUAGUUUUGAGGUCUUACUUAAGGUUGAUCAAAUCGGCACUAGACAGGGGACAACAAUGCGAAAAUCUGAUACAGAUCACAUGAAUUUGAUACUAUAUUAAAUUGUGUGCAAUGCAAAAUCCUCAUAUCCCAUAAAAUAACCCCUUAUCUGUAGCAUUUUGAUGCAUGUCAGUUACGAGAGUUAUUGACCAUUGAGUUAAGUUUUCCACGGAAAUUAGUCUGAGAUGGGAAAUCUUUGUUUGCUUAAUCACAUUUGGUUAUCUGAUUCGCAGUGCAGUUUGCAUCAUGGCUGAGGUAUGUAGAGUUGGCCAUUUGGUGAAAUCAUUCUGCCACCCUUUCAUCUCUUCCAGCUAUAGCUUUUGUUUCUGUCCUGAGAUAAUUGCUCUUUGCCUUAGUUAAUUCAGUGGUCUUCAGUGCACCAUCAGUUCCCCUUCAUCUCCAACCUUUUCUACAAUUGUUGUACAUCAAUGUCUUUGGGUUUCUGUCAUUUAGCCAGCUUUAUUAUGCACAGUGAAAUUAUCGUCCCUCACUCAUGUAGAAAUGACCUUAUUCGCUUGAACGUUUAUGGUAAUUGAGGUAAUUAAGGGCUGGGGUCGUUCUGAGUAAGAUCUCCUCAUCUUUAAAUAUAAAGACAUCUUCAUUAUCUAAGACAAUGCCCUCAUAUAUGCAAAAAAACAUAAACCUGAUUCUGGUUGAGUUUUGGUGAUGUAAAUGUUCCUAUUUUAGUUAAAAAUUCAGUCAAGAAAAAAAAAAUCCGGAAGAAUUGAGGUGUCGAUAAUUAUUGUUGCUGCAAAUUUAAUCUUACCAAUAAUUUAUUACAGGAAAAGAAUUAUAUAAUGUUUUUAUUUUUUAUAGUUUCUUAAAAUUAUCAAUAUUGCGGUUUCUAUUUUCAGGUUCCUAAAGCUUACAUACUUGCCGUAUAUUUCAUUUCUUCUCAAUAAGAGCACAUUAUCCGGUAUUAAUCAUGAUCAACCUUAUAUUUUCACUAUAAUUUUCUCUCCAGGAAAGGGAAGGGAACUAUUAGUGCUGCUGGUGGGAGGGGAUGGGGUGGAGGAGGUGGCGGAAGGAUAUCACUGGACUGCUAUAGCAUACAAGGCGUAAAAAUCACUGCUCAUGGUGUGUAAUUUAUGAUCUCUCUCCUUUGAGGAUUGGAAGUUAACUCGUAGAAUAUCCUUGAAGCAGUCCAAAAAGUGCAGUAGCUCGGACUUAACAUAAGAUAUUAGCUUUCGAGAUCUUAACAUUCACACCAAUGUUUGUAGUUCUUGCCUUCUUCGAGUGAGUUAAUUGUCCAUGGUUGGACUAAUGUUGUUAUGGAAAAACAAACCUUUCCCUCACUUCAAAACCUUUUGUCCUGAUCAAACUGUUUUUCACGACCGUUGGAUGAAAAAAAGAGAAAAAUUAUGAAUUUGGUGUGGUCUUCUUGUCAGAUGAUGUCACCAUCAACAAGUUUUUCUUUUCAUGGCUGACUUGUGUCUGGCCAAUUUGCAUCGUAGUAUCACAUUCGUUGACGUGAAAUAUUUUCCUGGUAGCCGUUGUUGUAAUUUCAUUUACGUUUCCUAGUUUUUGGCUGUAGUGUUUAUAAGCAUCGAGUUAUACCUGAAUAGUGGCGAUUUUCGUAUUUUAUUUAUUGAACCAUAUUCUAUUUAUUUAUCUGAGACAAGGUAGACUAGUCUGGGAAAGAUACACUUUGGCUGUAGUGGUGUAUCAUGAUUCUGCAAUUAGGAAAGCCAAAGUAUGACUUGAUGUGCUAUCUGAAACACAUUGAGUCUUCAAAACAAAGCCCAAGGUCCAAAUAGGAGAAACCUGCCGGUGAUAAUCUGGUGACAUUUAGGAGCUUAAUGGUUGUUUCCCUGGUUUUUUUCCAUCUAUGAAAGCAGAGGAAACAAUUAAAUUUCUGGAAUAAAUUUGAUUUUUCGAUCCUUGUGAUUUUUUUUCCAAGGUUUCUAUAUAAUGUUGGAGUCCGACAUUCCCUGCCAUGUAUUUUUCGUACGUUGAAUGCAGUAAGCUAGUAGUCAAGCGAGGUUAAACUUUUCCCUUUUACCAUUUAACGUCACCCUCCUCCAUGCAUCUGUGCAAUCAUAUUAACUAAAAUUGAUGUGGAUUGACUAUGGUCCUUUUUUUCUUCCUUUUUUCCUUCCGACAAUUUUGAUGCUGAGUUCUACAGGUCAAGUAUUGAUUGGCCUACUCUGAGUUCUAGCUUUCUUUUCCCAAUCUUCUAACCAUCAUUUGACACAUCUGCGUAUUUAAGAUUUUUACGAGGUGAAUCUAUCACACUCGUUCUGGUUAUUUGGUUUAUCCUGCAGUGUACUCUUUCUAGGAUAUUGGUACUACAAUUUUACUUUCAUCUGCUGAGUUCCACAGGCUAAGAAGUUAAUUUUGUACAAUUUUUUUACUUUCAUCUGCUUUCCCCAGUAGCCUAUUUUACUUCAUUCUUAUUCAUUCUACAGCAGAUGACUUUUAUAGAAGUUAGUGGGCUCAGAACUGAAUUUCAUGAUUGCUUUUGUAAAGGCCUACCUACUCACUCUGAAUGGUUGAUCACACCAGCUACUCUGUUGGCAUCGACCCUACUCUAAAGUUGGGGCAGUUUUCUUUUAAAGUGGAACAAAUCCCGAAUGUUGUAGAUAACUGUUUCUUUCUCUGACCCAAGUGCAUCUCAAGUCUCCCACUCUGACUAGGAUAUUGGUACUCAUAGAUUUGGUCCUAUUUUAAAGUAGAUAAUCAUAUCAACUUUUUAAGUGUAGAAAAUAGAUAUGACUCAAGUGUGUACAGCCGGUUGUACAAUUUUUCCUAUGAAAGACAUUACUUACCAAGAUUGUGUUAUCUUGGUAAUAGAAUAGAGUGCUAUUAAAAUGAUAGAGUUACAUUUUUCUUUUAUAAAAAAAAUUUCUUUUGUCAGUUUUUGUCAUUACCUGCGUUUUUAUCACUGGUGAGAUGAUCAACGCACAAGUCUUGGCAGCAAGAUGGAGGGGAACUCAAUGCCUUUUAUAAUGUAUUUAAAAUAAUUAUAGGUAAUUAAAUUUAAAUAAUUUUAAUAAAUAUACCAAACACAAUAAGAUCAUCAGUGCGAAUAUCAUGUUAUUUUAUAAACGAUGCAGAUUUCUAGUAAGGUAUUAGUUAAAUAUCUGAAAUAUAGAACUAUUGAUUUAUAUGGCAAUGCCAGGUCGGAUAAAUGUGAUGGAACUUUCCACUCACCCUUUAGCCAUGUCUUGCAUGGUAUCAUCAUAAAAAACAUAGAGUUGUGCGCAAAAACUCUAUUAAUGAAGUCUCACGGCUAUGUUGUUAUUUCUGUUUAUUUAUAAUUCUCAGAGACUCCAGGAAUGAUGAGUGGCCCAUAAUUCAAAAAAUUCCACUUGCAACUUGUUCUCCAUUUGAAAGAUCCGAAUCUGUUGUUUGGUGACUUAUGAAAAAAUUACUUUAAUCAAUGAAAAGUUGGUCACAUACGAAUUCGGAUCAUUUAAGUUGAUCAAACCCCAAUACUAUUUUUUACUAUCUUUUUGCAUUAUUAGAACCUGAAGCCAAUUCCAUUUAGAACUAUGGUUAUUUUCUUUUCUUUUUGCAUUAGGUGGACAUAGUAUUGGGUGCCAUGAAAAUGCUGGUGCGGCUGGUACGAUUUUCGACAAGAGAGUUCAAAGCCUCAAGAUCAGCAAUGACAAUUUUACCACACAAACUGGAACCCCACUGCUGGACUUUCCCACUAGUUUUUUGUGGUCGAAUGUUUUUGUGGAGGACAAUGCACAAGUUCUGGUUCCUUUGCUGUGGACUAGAGUACAGGUACAAACGUUUUUGUGUAACUUUACUUUACUUCCUUUGGAAUGAUGUCUAAUUGUUUUUCUUUUCAUGAUAUGAUAAUAGAGAUAGAGGAGCAUGUUAAUCUGACUGUUGGCUGGUGAUAGAAUAUCUAAUAUUCCAGAAAUCCUGUCUUAGACAUGUCUUGAAGCAGUCUCGAUCUUUUGGAUAAACAAUAAACCAAUUAAUCAAUGAAGAAAACAUGGAAUGCAUUUUGAUCUCAUGAAAAUUGUUCCUAUCACCAUGGUUUUCCCCAGUUCUAAUUCAUAUAGUUAAUGUGCCAAGUAUAUUUUAUCCCUUGACUCAGGUUUCAGUGACUUGUCGAAUUCAUCCUGGCUUGCAUGUGGACUUUGGUUUUGGACUUGACCUAUCUUGAUGUGCACGUUGGCCAUUUAAGUUGGUCAUCUCAUUGGCUGACGAAGCCCUGGAAGGUUAAAUUUGCUAUUGAAGUGGGCUUAUUGGGUGAAGAAUUGAUUCAAAGCGGAAAAUUGAUGGAAUCCGGUUUGGGCUGUCCUAUUCAAAACUAGAAUAUAUAUAGAUCGUAAAAUCAUAUAUCCACACAAAUAGACCAUGUAAGAUAAUUUUCUAUAUGGAUCUUUCUAAAAGUCACGUUUUAUAUUUCACUACCUAAUGGUCGUCAUUUAUCUCGUUUUAUAUUUCACUACCUAAUGGUCAUCUUUUAUCUCGUUUUAUAUUUCACUACCUAAUGGUCAUCUUUUAUCUUUCUUCCAGUGUGUCAGUCCCACCCCUCACAAUUCCGUUACUUUGAUCUAUCCCAUUCCACCUCCUUCAUAGGUUUGAUGCCUGAGAGUUUUUUACCAAAUAAAUUUCAGUUGAAGGUGACAAAAAAGCAUGCAGAGAAACGCAGCGAAAUAAAGGGUUCUGUAGAUAGUAAGAAUGUUUGCAAUAGUAGUGGCAAGUAGUGGCAUGGUGGCAUUAGCAGUGGUUGGCAUCAGCACCAAUAGCAGUGUUAAUUUGCUUCACAUUAUCAUUUGGAAGCUUAUACUUAAUUGAUAAUGGUAAAUAGUAGCAUUUGGGUUGUUUACUCGAAUCUGAGGAUAAAAUAUGAACUAUGCAAAAAAGAAAUGGAAACUUUUGCGGCUCUAAAAUUUGUGUGAGGACUGAUUAUGUUUUACAUAUCUUAUCAUUGUGAUUGAUAUCUCUUUUAUUAUACUGUUGUUCACUGAUGAUGGAAUUAGUCUUUUGACUUCUCUUAUUUUUAAGGUGAGAGGCCAAAUCAGACUGCUAAAUGGUGGGAGCAUCAGUUUUGGGUUGUCUGACUUUCCCGUUUCAGAGUUUGAGUUGGUUGCAGAAGAGCUUCUUAUGAGUGAUUCUGUGAUAAAGGCAUGUGCAUUCUGAUAUGUUGACAGUCUUUUCUCAUUUUUUCAUAUGUUGGAUAUUUUGGAAACUAGUUAUAAAAUACCAAUUCUAUUGUCAUUUUUCUGCCUUUACUGUGAUUAUUACUUGUCUUGGAAAUAUUUGCAGGAAGUUUUUGUGCAGCCCAACAUGAUGUGCUUCUUUUUGGAUGGUUGUUUGUGAUCUAGUAAAUAUAGUAACCAAGCCUUAGUGAUCAAAGUAUCAUGGAAAUUUUCUUUUUUGGCACCAUAUGCAAUGAUGGAAGGUUGAAUCGUUCUUUCAAACGCAGAUGAAAAAUGCUUUCAAACAAACUUGUUUUAACGCUAUUCAGAGGAUUCUUCUUUAUUCAAUAUUAUAUUUGUUUCCAAUAACAUAUUUCUUUGGCUCUCAUCUGGAAGGCCUUUAAGUUGGUUCCAGUUACAGUUCUCAGCUUUUGUUUCCCAAGUUCUCAGUGGAAAUCAUCGUUAGGACCUUACUCUGCAUUAUGUCCUGAUAUCUAUAUUGAUUGUGCUCUUGAUUCGAUUGGUAUUUUUUAAAUCUUGUUGUCCCGUUUAUCUCUGUUCUCACUUUGAUUUUUUGAUAAACUUUAUUGUUACCAUCCUACUAGGUAUUAUGAUCAUCAUACUUCGUAAGAUUCCUCUUUCUGUCCCUUCUGAAAAUCUUUCCCCCCUUUUUUUGUAGGUUUUUGGCGCCUUCAGAAUGUACGUCAAAAUGCUGCUCAUGUGGGAAUCUAAAAUUCAAAUUGAUGGUGGAGGCAACAGCGAUGUUGGCACGUCUCUACUUGAAGCUAGAAAUUUAAUUGAGCUAAGGGUAUGCAGUUGACAUUAUCUUGCAUAUAUAUUAAUCAAUCUCGUCCCUCAAAGGUCAUGGAAUAUUUGUUACCUGUCUUGUGGCAGAAAAAUUCUGCUAUCUUAUCAAAUGCAGACUUGGGGAUUUACGGUCAAGGUCUUCUCAAAUUGUCUGGUCACGGUGUUGCAAUCAAAGGCCAACGACUAUUUCUGUCAUUAUUUUACAACAUCACUGUAAGGUUUUAUCUCCUGUUCAAUGAAAAUCAUGCAUUUUCUUCUAGAUUAGACAGAAGUUUAUAGCUCUCUUUAAUCUUGUUUGUCAUUAUUUUAUUUAAUCGAAAGAAUGUUACAUAUUCACCAGACAGUUAAGCAUUUUGUCACGAAUCUUCAUAUAUCAGUGGAAAAAUUUAUUAGAUUCCCUUGCUGACUUGGAAUGUGGGAUUUAGCCAUUUUGAAUUCUUUAAAGAUUGGUUCGUUAAUAUGGGGAUUAUUAUCGCACUUGUGAUAAGAUAUAUUAGUUUCGAGCAUGGUAGGUUUCGAGAACUAUCUCUAGUCAACUUAUGAAGUGUGCAUAUUUUUCUUUUUGCUCCUCGAGAGAUAGAAGGAUAGGCGGAGGGACGAAAGGAGGAAGGGAGCAAGGGAGGGAGAGAGGCUAGUAAACAUAGACAUCGUGCAGGGUGUUCAGUUCAUGAAUUGGUUUCACUUUCAACUAUUGUGCAUAGAUCAUGGCAAAGAAAUAGGUGAUGGAAGCUGAUGUAAAAGACUUGGAGGUAUGAGAGAUCGUACAAAGCAUAAGAAGAUACCUGAUCACUUUGCCUGGCAGUGGAAAUGCUGUGAAGUGAGCUCAAAGAAGGGUUGCAUUGUUUGAAGGAACUGGGAUAACUCAUGGAGGACGACAGAAUGGAUGAGCCAAAAAUAUUUCUAAAUAUAAUUCGUAUUGAAAAUAUGAAAAUUUAAGUUUGACAUGUGGAAGAAACAGAGAGUGAACCCUCUUACAGCUUAGUGACCAACAUCUUUAGUAAAAUAAAGAGCACCGUGCACAAGUAUUAACACUUCUAUCUUGAAGGUUCGACACAUGAAGAGGAACCAACAAUAAAAGAUAUAACGAUCAAUGUUUAAAUGUAAAUUUUACAAUUUUAUUUUAAAAUUAUAUCUACCAAGCUGUAAUAUAUUUCUGCCUGAAAUAUCUACCAAAAGGCACAAACACUAGACUUUUUUCUUGCGAUUGAAGGUAAAUUUUUUCUAUGGAGUUUUGGGCUUCUUAAGCUAUAAAAGUCAACUCAUACGUUAAACGCUAAAGGCUUCUAUUACUUCAAAAUUGACGAUUUUGAAUCUCCUUUGAAGGUUUAUAAAGUGUUCAAUGAUCUCCUUGUAGCUCAAGUGCGCCCUCAAAGCUUGUAUCAACAUUCGCAACUCUUCUGGGUGUUUUCUUUUAGUCUUUAGUUCAAAUUUCAUUGUCUUGUGCAAGUUUAUCGUUGAACAGGGCUUGCAAUAGUCUGAAAAGGUCCUGUUAGCACCUAAGGGAAGAAAAAUUGGAAUCAGUUAGAGCAACUUGGUGGAAGAACCAAGGAAGGGCUUCAGAAGUGUUCCCUCCCGGAAGAAAUUCUGCCUUUUUAAACUGAAGAAAUUCUGCGUCCGCUUGCUGUCUUAAAAAUCUACACGAAUUAAAACUCCCUAGUUCUCUCCUAAAUUUGAGAAGCCUUCAAUGUGAGUUAGUCAACAAAAUGGUGACACCACUGGUUUCUAGUGUAGGGAUAAGCAAGGCUUCCCUUGAUUUUAAGGAUAUUCACACAUGUAUCAUAUCUUAAAAGUUGGCAACAUUUUUUGCCUUUUGUGAUGAUCGAUUACUUUUUAUUUGCUUUCCCUUUUUCUUUAUAUGCACUGCAAAUGAAUGCAUAUUCUUGAAUCACCAAUUUUAUCUUUUAGUUUCGUGAUUUAGAGUUCUGAUAUGUAAUAAUAGGCACAGUAAUGCCACUCGAUAUUCAAUAUCUGAUCAUCUGUUUAAGAUUCCUUAAUGAGUUGAUCUAAUCUGUCAGAAUGAAUUUUCUCGACUCAGAUGGAACCUGGCACCUUGCUUCAAGCUCCGUCAGAUGAUGGUAUUGGAAAUAUUCCGUAAGUGUGAAAUUGAGCCAAAAGACACGGUGCUUGAUUGAAUGGAGGCUUCACUACCAUUUGGUAAAGUUACUGACUUUUAUUAUGAUGUAGGGGAACUCAAUCUCUCUGUGACAGACAAACAUGCCCCAAGGAACUAAUACUGCCUCCAGAUGACUGCCAGGUGAAUAGCUCCUUGUCUUUCACACUUCAGGUAAGACAUAAUCUCCUCCGUAAAUUAUUAUUUAUUUGUUUAUCUCUGUCUAGGCCAUUUAAAAGGAUCUUCUAAGUUCUAUUCUUACAGUUUCUUCAUGAAUUAUCGACCUUUUUUCCUCUCUUCAUAUUCAGCUGUCCUCAAAAUCAUCAUUUUCUGCAUAACAUUAUCUUCAUGAAUUACGGAGGUCCAACAAUAAUAUAGGUUACCUCUAGCACUGGUGGUUCAGGAGUCACUUAGGGUAAUUUUACUUUCACAUUUAGCCUAAUAGCCUCAAAUAAGCAAUCAUUUCGCCCUGUAUCUGGUGAUUUAUGCUCUGGUUUUCAGGGAUAUAUAAUUUCUGCAUGAUCUCAUGUCAAGAUAACCUUUUAUAUAGUCAAUACCGCACCAUUUUUUCUCCUUUGUGAGUUCUAUGCUACUUGAAUUUUUUCUGCACAUUUUAGCGUUUCUUCUUCUAGUUUCGAAGUUUGGGGACGGUACAAUGUUGUCUUAUAGGAGUGAAUUCCUUUAAAAAUGCACAGGUUUCACCUGAAUUUUCAGAUUUCUAGUUUUAUGUUCUACAUUAUGGAAUAGUAUGGACUAACUCAUUAGUUUAGAUUAGUCAACUUGAUCUAGAGAAUUGUACAACCUUAUGUCCUGGCAAUUUAGGUAAGUCGAAGAAUCGCACUUUAUUAUCAUGCUUCACCGUAUCAAAUUUAUCCUCUAUGGUUUUGUUGAUGUUAGGAUCUUUCUCUUUCACUAUAUUAUGUUGAAAUAUUAUAAUCCAGAAGAUUCUAUGAAUAAUUAUUUAUCUUUCUUCUCCAACAGGUAGUUACCAAAAACUUGCUUUCAUAAGAUGGCCAUUUGAAUUACGAUUUGGACUCUAUCACCUUUUUCCUAUUAUGUUCAGGGUUUGGAUCCAUGUGGGUUCAUGAUAGCUUGACGUUAUUCUGAUCUUAAAUGCCCUCUCCAGGAUGUCUAGUAAGAAAGGUUGGAGAUGACAAUCUUAAAGUUAAAAUGAGUUCAGACGACUAAAGGAUUACAUCUUAGGUGCUUUCUAUUCCUGCAUCAACGUGAUUAAAUUGUGGUUUGAAGUUCCUCACCACGCAAUCACUGGUUCAAAUGCCACUAGUAUUGAUGCACUAACAUUCUCAUACAAAAAAAGAUCAAUAAUAUCCUGAUGAACAUUCAGUGUGAUUCAUAAUCUAAAUGUUUUAGUUUUACAUCCAAAAUUCCUCUGCUAGUCAUUCGCUUCCAAGAAAAUAUUGUGUGCAAUAAGCUAAAAAUUUUAAUAAGUGUUGCCAUUAUCCACGAACUGUAACAAAGUUGUUCAGUUUAUCUCUUACCCAUAGCCAAAAGCUAACUGAAACAUUUGUUGCCAGGACAUUAAUUUAUGGAUAAUCAACCAGAACUAUUAAUCAUUCAACGCAUAACCUUUUAACAAUCUCUUUUUGAAACAUUUUUUACAACAAAGAGUCGAUUGCCAACAGGAAAAUGUAGAUGAUAUUAUUUUAAAUAUUCAAUUAAAGAUAUGAAUAGUGAGAUUCUACAUUUAGGUCCAAAUCAUGCCAAAAGACGAUUUCUUCCGCAUUCAAAAAUAUCCCCAAAAGAGCAGUUACAGAAUUAAAAAUGCAGAGAUACUUUGUAUAACUAGUAUGAACAAAAGUACAUUACGUAUAUGUGCCAGACGGAUCUUGCCAACAGGGUUUGAAUGAAUCAUAAAUGCUAAAAGGUUCCAAAAAAUGACAGAUCAUCGGGAUGUAAAUUAAAUGAUUUCUUGUUAAUUAGAAUUGGAUUGUGAGAUAAAUUAAAUAAAGCAUUCUUCUUCGAGAAGUCUUAUAUCAAGGUAAAAAUGGUGAAUCCGCUGUCCAUCAUAUAAGAAAUGCGUCUAUUAAUUAUGUGCUUCAAAACCUAAAGGAUACAGCUUGAUAGGUAGAUCUAGUGAGCGGUAAAUACCCCGGCUAAGUGGUCAAAGGCAGUCGUUAAAGGCUUCUAGUUAGAUAACACUCGUCAUUGUCAGCAUCAGUAAAUCCUCAGACAGUGAGGCACCGGGCAUUAGCACAAACCAUUGUUUCUGUAGUGAGAUGUUAUGAUCAUGUUUCUAUCCAUUGUUGUAAGAUUAUUCUCUAUAAGUAUAACCGUGAGUCUUUACUGAAGUCCAUUAUACGAGGAUGAUUCUCUCUUUAAAUAGUCAAUAUAUGAUUUGUCCUUGUCCAAUCAAUGAAGUAAAAUGUUGAUGUGUCUGUGACAAUGAUGUUGAUGAUGGCGAUGAUGAUGAUGCAGCACAUCGAUGAGGGUAACAAGAAUCUUCUAUAAAGAUAAUGCAUAUGCUUUAAUGGACUGUUGAGGAGAAAAAUCGAUCUGAAUCCUACCAUUCAUAUGUUGUUUUAUUUCUUCUGCCUGGCCUCAUAUUCGAAUAUUUUAUUACCUUACAUUCAUGUUUCCCGUUUCCUUUGUACACGAACAAAUGGGUAGCAUUUUCAUGCUCGAAAUAAAAUCUGCUGAUCUUCUUGGUUUUAUUUCGUUGUUAAAUUUUCGCACGGUGCUAAACUAUAAAAGAAAUUAAUUUUUCAUUUUUGCAGAUUUGCCGUGUGGAAGAUGUUACUGUUAGUGGUACUGUUAGGGGAAGUAUUCUGCAUAUUCAUAGAGCAAGGACUGUCAUUAUUAAAUCAGAUGGCUUGAUAAGUGCGGCAGCAUUAGGUGGGGACAACUUUCUGGAAGGAAGCUUGCUAGAUUAUGUCAUACUUAGAAAUUUUGUUCUUAUUAUGACGGCAGAGUGAUUAAACUGUUAAUUUUUUUGUGGUCUAAUGUUUGGUUUAGAUGAAACGUAUGGCUACUCUCUCUAAGCUGCUGGUGGUGUUUUGGUAGGUUGCAAGGGGGGCGUUGGCGAAGGAAAAUUUCUAAGAUAUGGUGCUGGUGGAGGUGCUGGUCAUGGAGGGAAAGGCGGUUCAGGUUUCUACAAUCGUACAUUAGUUGAAGGUGGCAGAAGCUAUGGUGAUGCCAACCUUCCAUGUGAAUUAGGAAGUGGAAGUGGCGGUUCCAAUGAGGUACCUAAGCAUGUUGCUGGAGGGGGCAUGAUAGGUAAGCCUUAUAAAUCAUAAUUUUGUUAUUUGUGAAAGUAUUUUAAUCUAAUUUCUUGUUUGGAUCACAUUUUUUUUUACUUGGUAGCAAGGUAUUUAUAAAGUCAUGCAGGGAUAUACUCAGCUAAAUAAUUUUUUUGCAGAAUACUGCAUCAAUCUUCAUAUGAAGCGCUCUUAGCUUUCUUUGAGGCCAAAAUUUAUCAGAUAUCUCUUGUUUAGAUGCUCAUAUGGCUGAAAUGUAUUACGCAGUCUAAGUUAGCCUACUCAUUAUACCUUUGCUAACAUGAUCGGGAAUGAAACAUUAAUGACUUUAGUUGUACAGUUUUUCAUUUAGUAGACUUGUUUAAAGCUUUAAAUUUAAGUAGUUAUGUUUUCGUGCUGUCACCGUCUCAAAUAUUAGAAAUUUUCUGAUAUUAUGGAAAGUAUAAUCUGCAUUCUUUUUGUGGGAAAACGUGUAAUUAGGAGUUAGUUUAUGUUGGCCCGUUUCCUAGGUUGACAGUUUCCCAGUUGGUCAGUUUCAUUAGCCUAGGUAGUUUCCAUUUCUGUGGUCAGGGUAAUUGCAUAUAAGCAGAAAUUGUUCAAUAAAGUGAGAAUUAGAAUAUAUUUUUCUUGACUGUUUAUCCUUUUAUGAUCUGCAUCUCUUUUGUUUAUCUUGUCUAAAAAACAAAACAACUUCCAGCUAUCUAUGCUAAAGUUGCCGAAAUGAAAUGAUGUACCAUCUUGUAUCUUGGGGUUCGCUCAUUUGAUUUUACAUUUCAUUGAAAUAGUCAAUGAGAAAGAAGAAAAAAUUAGAGCUAUAUAUCCAUAAAUGCUAUAUUUCCUUAUAUACAAGCAACUGUGCAGAAAAACUUGUAGAUAUGGUAUUAUUUUAGAUGCAAUGGAUUGAUGCUCCCUGUGACGUUCAUAGAUAAUUUUCUCUCUGGUAGCCUUACAACCAUUUCCCAUGUUAUACCGAAAGAAUUUGACUACUGAGAGGCCAAAAUGUCUCCAUCAGAUUUGGUAUAAAUUUUUCCAGCUUGUGACAAGAAAUGCUACAGUAAAAAACGGGGGACAUCAUUUUGUUUAGGGAUAUAAUUCCAAUUUAUAUAUGGUUCAUGCACUAAAAAAGUUUAAUCCCUGAUUUAUUUUUUUAUCUCCCCUUGACAUGAUAAUGCGUAGGGACAGCAUAAAUAAGACUCAAACACCAACCUAAUAAACAUUUAUAAUUCCUCACAUCCGUCGGAUAUGCCUCACUUCAGUUCCCCAUCUCUUGUUGACCAUAGGGUAGCUACUUCUCUUUAGGAACUGAGGUUUGUUUACUUACAUGGACUGAAAAAUCGCUCAGGAGAGGGGAGAGGCGAAUGGCAGCCCGCGAUUUGUGAGCAAUAAUUGAGUGCCUUCAGUAUCUAUGAAAAAAACCUUUAGAAACGAGGGUGAAAAUCUAACUUUACUAAAUGGCAUAUAAAAGACUCGUCAUUAAGAACUCGAUCUUUUUGUGAACCUCCAUUGAUCUUGGGACGGUUAAAAUCAUUGGCUUCGUUUCGAGAUUAGUGAUAAAAUCCAUAUAGGUCCAAAUUAAGGUCAUAGUGAUUAAUUCGGAACCGAGUAGGUGGGUCAAUUUAUGAUGGUCUUAGGUGAUAUUAACCGGACCUAAGAACACACUACUAUGCAGCAUGGCAGAGAUUUUUUCUUAAUGAAGUGCUGGAAAGAUUUUUUCAGAACUUUGCAUUCUAGAUAAACUUGUUUAAUCUUGGACCUGAAAACUGUUGAUGAGGGCUUUCGUGUCUAGCUCGUCUUCAUCACCCCUUGGUUCACAUGUCUGAGGUUGGAUCCUAAAAUUAAGAUAAAAUGUUUCUCUUCAUUCUAAUUACAGACAGUGUUCUCACCAGAUGAGUCGUCAGCAUGGAUGAGGGGUUUGAUGGAAAUGUAUUUCCAGAGUUCAACCAAUCAAAACAAUUGUUGCAGUCUUCAAAUUUGAAAUUUUCCUCCAAAUCAUCCUUCUACUAGUGGAUGUCACAAUUUUAAGAGACGAUUUUUUGGGUUUUAUGUGUUUUAGUCCCUGCUGUUGUUCAGUGGGGUAGGCUCUGGUGCCGUUUUGUAGGUGAUGUGAGGUUCAAUUUUUGUUUCCAAAUAGUGAGCAUGUGAGACUCUCAUAGUCAGGCACCUUAUGAUAUCCCUAUUUUUCAUGAAAGCACUUGUCAGAUAACAGAAAUCGCCAAUUUUUCUUAAUAUAUGUUGCAUAGAUGACAAUACCUCUUGUUUUCUUUGGGAUGCUACUUCUUGAAAAGUGUGUUGUAAUCACUGGGCGCAUCAGGUGUAUUUCUGUUUAUCUAAGAUGCGUGCUCAUGGGUCUGUGUGUGAGGGCUACAAUUUUCAUCUCCAUGCUUUUUCUUUACUGUAAGGUGGUUCAUAAAUACCUUCAUAAAAAGUUCCAUCUUUAGUUACAACUAGAGACGUGGUAUCAAUGUCGUUGUGGUCGUUUUCCUUUGACAUGCUGGUAACAUCUGUUCUAGUUGAUUGCCUGUGAUAGACUACAAGACAUUCUAUAAGCAACAUUCGUGUUUACAUGAUUAAAUUUAUCACUUUUAAAUUUUUUUGUUCCUGAUAUUUAUAUGGAUGUCUCAGUGAUCGGUUCUAUAAAGUGGCCGCUCUCUCGAUUAGAAAUCCAUGGAGCUCUGACUGCAGAUGGUCAAAGCCACGUACAAGCAACAAGGUUCAAUGAAGGUACUUUGAUGGGAGGUCUGGGAGGAGGUUCUGGCGGCACAAUUCUUCUCUUCCUUCGAACAUUCGUGCUUGGGAAGCAUUCAUCUCUAUCCAUAACUGGUGGAAAGGGUGGCCCACUUGGUGGUGGUGGUGGUGGCGGUGGGAGAAUUCACUUUGAUUGGUCUAACAUAGCCACUGAUGAUGAAUAUGUUCAGAUUGCAACUGUUAAUGGUAUAAUCAAUGCAAGGUACGAAACUGUUAUUAUAACUCAAGGACAUCCAAGGAACGAACACGAUCUUGUCCUGAAGAUUUUAUUUUCCUGCAUGUGUAAUUGACGUGAAGCAAUGUUACUAGAGUAAUGCAUUUUGGGCAUAGUUUUCUUGAGUGAUGAAGUUUAUUUUAGCCUGUUGAUUUUGUUUCUUUUUGCAUAUCAUUUAUUACUUUUCGUGACUUUGUGCAUAUGUAGCUGUGUUUCAAAUAUCUUUAUUUUCUUUUGGUCCAUUUCCUCGAUGGACUAUUGAACCGUAACAUUUCAUGCUGAAAGAAAUAAUCAACGAAUACAUAGCACUAUGAUGAAAAGCUCGCAUUGUAUUAUGCUGCAGCAUUCAAGAACAAAGUCACAUGAUCAGCCAUUGGAUAAUUAUAGUGUCUUGCGGUUUCACUAUUCAUUUUCUCACACAAGAAAUGUUGCUAAACUUUUUAAUUGCUGAAAGAUGCCAUUUGCAUUAAUUUUAGUAACCUUGGAGAAAUAUGCAUCAUUUUCGUUAGUUAUCUGCGAAGAAACCUGUAUUAUUUUAGGAGUGAGAAUUGCUGCGAUGUCAAUCCACAGUUUAAAAAGGCUAAAAUAGUAUCCUGACUGAUAAAUAUUCUCUUAAACUAGCAAGGUUUUGGAAGAUGCUCAUGUCUCUCGUAUAAGUGAGCUGUUUGUAUCGCAUGUUAUUCACUAUUAUAUCACAGCUUUAUUACCUUCUUAUUCUUCACUGUAACGUUUUUCGCAUGCCUUUGAAAAUAAUUUAAUGUGACGUAAACAAAUUAAUGUCUACUUUUCUCUACUUUUUAUAACCAAUGAAUCUGCUUUGAUAUUUGGGUUUUGUUCUUUCAAGCUCAUACCCUGGCCACGUAUACAUUCAACAAGUCUUCAAGGUGAUGAUAAUUUAAUUUAAUUUUCCUUUAGCAAGGGAGGUAACCCUCAGCUUGAUUAUCGAUUCAGAUCCAAAAUAUCAAGAAUUGCUCAAACCUUCUUGUGUUGGGAGAGUGUUGGGCGAAAUAGGUAAAAUACAAAUAGUUUAUUGACACUUGACGGCUAACUAAAAGUAAAAAAUAAUGAAAUACACAAAAGAGAAGUUAAAUAUUGGUUUUCAGUCAUAACCUUGAAAUGGAAUUUAAAAAGAGUGUGUGUAUGAUAUUAGGUUCUACAAAAAAAAAUUGAAUAUCAGAAAGAAACAGGGUGCAACAAAACAAUCAGGCAUGAACAUGAUGUUGUGGGAAAUUGUCAUCUUCACCUGAACCAAGGGAACCAAGAGCUUAAACCAUCUUACCAGUUUCUUCAAUUUUUCAUGCGUUCACAACUUUAACUUGGUUCUUAUUUCUAACUUGCCUGAACUGCAGGUGCCUAAACAAUAUUUGUUGAGCCUCCUAGAUUUUUUUGAACUCUUCUGGUGUCUCAAUAAUUUGGACUUCCAUGCCGAACCUCUAGUUUAUAAUAUCCUCUUAUAAAAAUUAUUGAAACAUACUUGACUUCCUAAAUAAUCCUUUCCCAAGUGCUAUAGCCAGUCUUCCUGCUGUCCUAGGAGGAACUAACUUAAAUGUACUCCAGAGUAUACAAGUAUAUAUGAAAGGAUUUCCUUUUUUCCAACUAAAAUAAAAAUAGUACAAGAUGACCAUAUAGAUUCCAAGUUAAAGGUUCCAAGUCUAAGAAACAAUCUCGAGUCACAGUGAAUUACUUUAUUAAUAGGGUACACAGAAUGGAUGAUAUUUUGAAAGGAAAGUAUUAUUUUUUAUUAAGUGUUUAUUUGUACCUACUAUUGUAGUCCAAUUUUUUACUUACGGAUUGAUGUGCAAGAGUCAGUUAAUAGUUUUGACGAAGACAUUUUUUUGAUUAACGUCGAUUAUAAGCUUUUGUUUGGUGACAUGAUCUUAUUUUGAUACUUGUGUUGUACACUUUCUUUGUUGCUUAUAGUGCCCGUUAUGUCCCAGGGUUUUAUGCAAAAUGUUAUUUAUUUGUUUCUAAAUCCUGACACAGUGGUGGAGCUGGGAGCAAUGGUGGUUAUGAUGGAGAAGAAGGAACAAUCACAGGAAAGGCGUGUCCAAAGGGACUUUAUGGAACAUUUUGCAAUGUAUGCAUUUACUAUAUUUCCAAUUUUUGGCAUUAAAUUCCGGUAUAUCUUUUGUGCUCAUAGGUUUAAUUAAAGGAAAACUAAAUUUAACCCAUUAUCAACUAAAUAUUCAUUCAAUGAGUGACAUUUCUGCUUGUCAUGAUAAUGGUACGGAAUAUUUUUGUUGCAUAAAAAUCUAGAUUCUAUUUAGAACUGUUCAGAUUGUAAGGGAGAAGUAGACUUGGAUUUUCAUGUCCUGAUGGCAGUUGUAUAUUUACAAGAAGCUUCAUGUGUUUGGAUGUCAACGAUAUUAGCUUUUCCCUUUCAAUAGGCAGAUUACUUGGGGAUUUCUUUGUUACCUCAGACGUGACUUUGCCGACAGAUCUUCUGCCAACGCUUGUGGCAAUGCUUAUGAUCAUCUUACUUGGUUUUCAGGAGUGUCCAGUUGGUACAUACAAAGAUGUUGUUGGUUCCGACCCGUCUCUUUGCAACCCUUGCCAGAUAAAUUUUCACCCCCAUCGAGCACAUUUUAUAUAUGUACGAGGUAAUUCAUUCAAAGACCAAUACCUUAGUUACCAGCUUAAGGGAAAUUUCCUUGAAUUGGAUACAGAAGUUUUUCCACAUUUUGGGUUAUAUUUUGUUUUACAAAGUAAUCCUUUCUGUAUCUGACAAAGCUAGUGCUGCAGGAGGUGCUACCCAGCCUUCAUGCCCAUACAGAUGCUUCUCUGAAAAAUACAAAAUGCCGAAGUGUUAUACACCUUUAGAAGAGCUUAUUUAUACAUUUGGAGGCCCGUGUCCCUUUUCGCUUGUCAUAUUAUUUUCUUUGCUCGUACUGGCUCUUGUAUUGAGUGUGUUGAGGACGAAAUUUAUUGGAGCCGAUUUUACCUAUCAAACAGAUAGUUCCAUUCGAGCCCAUGGUCCUCAUACUUUUCCAUACCUUUUAUCCCUGGCCGAGGUAUGUUGGAGGACGAAUUACCUUUCCCAUAUCUGAUUGAUCCUUUCUGUAGAUUAUUAGGUGCAAAGAUAUUUUAAUUGUCUUGUUUGCUAGAAUCUUAUAACGUAAUAACCUUGUGCUGCCUUAUCUGAAUGAUUUACAAUGCCAAACAUAAACAGGUACCAGAUACCAGCUGGGCAGAAGAAACACAAAACCAUGUUCACAGAUUGUACUUUAUGGGUCCCAAUAAAUUUAGAGAACCAUGGCAUCUUCCUUAUUCUCCACCGGAUGCUAUUAUCAAGAUUGUGUAAGAUCUUUUCUCUUUUUUUACUGAAUGAAGUUCCAUUCAAAGCACCUGAUACGUAUCUGGACACUGCUGUGUGCAUCCUGCUGCUUCGUCAUUUUUAGCUGUGUUACAUAUACCCAUACUCGAUGUGUUCGGCCUAUCAUAAUAGAGUUUGACUCACAAACCAACUGUCUUAUUCUUUUUAUGUGCGUUUUCUUUCUCACUAUAUGAUUGCUUAAGUGUUCACCAUCCUGAAGAUUGAUUCCAUGCCUUCACAAACAUAACUCAUCUAGACGUCUCACUGAUGUUUUAUUAGGCAUUUUGAACUUCCGGUUGGGUUCCAGAUUUGUGGUAUAAAAUUCCCCUGCUUUCCUUCUUGUUUUAUGUCUAGUGAAUCUGAAAACCAUACUAACGGCCAUUUUUGUAUGGGUGGUAAGCAUUCAAGUGCUUGUGAGAUAAUUUCACUAAUAUGACUGUAUGUUGAGGAUAAUUACUUGUUUUCAGCUCGAAUUCUCAAUGUUCUAACCAUCUCGCAUCCUAAAGGAAACUUCAUACCCAACCGUAUCUCAUGUGUGGUAGUCGAUGAAGAAUCGGCUGUGAAAUUAUGUGUGGUUGAAUAUUUUCUCUUAAGCAUACUGUUGCUUUGCCAUUAUCAUAAAUAUUUAUUUUACAUAUUUACCAAAUUUUGGAGGCUGGCUGGUUUUUUGUGAAUGUUGUCCUUUCUAGUUUUCACAUUCCAAGAUCUUGUACAGUUAUAAUAGCUUAUAUCCCAGUGCUUAACAAUUUUUAAGCCCUCCAUGCGAGAAGGUUUAUAUCUAUAUGAUGGUCGAGGUUUUGCUGCUAAUCUGGAAUUUUCAUCAGUCUACAUGCCUCUGGAUUUAUGAAAUCAAUCUGUGCUGAUAUUGGCAUAAUGAUCUCUUGUUAAUGCGAAAUAAUAGCUGGAUUAACAAGAUUGUACUAACAGAACCGUAUUUGUUAGACACAUUUUCGUUUUUCAUGCUGUCUCGUGGGCCAUCUUUUCACCAUCCAGACAUGUGGAUAGUUUGAACAAUGGCCAUCAUCCAAACGUGUAGCGCUCAAAAACUUAGGUGGCAUAAAAGAAUAUUCUUGACUGCUUUUAAACUUGCUGUUAUCUCUUCAUGGUUUCCUCUUUUCUUCGUAAGAAGUAUUGAAUCUUUUGGUUUACAUCAAUAGGUAUGAAGAUGCUUUUAAUCGAUUCAUUGAUGAGAUAAAUUCAGUUGCUGCCUAUGAGUGGUGGGAAGGAUCAGUACAUCGUAUACUUGCAGUGUUGGCAUACCCUUGUGCCUGGUCUUGGAAGCAAUGGCGCCGAAGAAAAAAGAUUCAUGCUCUGCAGGAAUAUGUUAGGUCAGAAUAUGACCACUCGUGUCUUCGUUCGUGCAGAUCACGAGCGCUUUACAAAGGAAUGAAGGUUUGCUCUUCAUAGUUUAUCCUUUCCUCUCUCUAUUCUACUGAUCAUUGUAGUCUCUUGUUAAACUUUCUUUCUACUAUUGAAAGUUUUUUCCUUCAAAAAUCUUCAUAUCUGAAUCGGAAUAUGUCCUAAGAUCAACAACGAGACAUUUCAAGACAAUGCCUGAGAUUCUUUCAAAGAACUUGCAUCGUCUCAUUAGGUAGUGACAUUUUCAAGAGUUCUCUGAAAUUUCUCUAAAAGAUAGACUAACUUGUUGCCGAAUAUCCAUUUGCUUGCUCUUCUUCUUCUCUUUUACCCAAAAGAUAUUUUCCUUCAAACUUUCGCUGCCUAUCACCCAGACUCUCCUCUUUACUGGUAAAUCAAGCUUGUGUUAUGUGGUUCUGCAGCCGAUCCACUGUGUAUUAUCUCACAUUACUUCAAAAUGGUGUUGUUACAGAAGCUCUCUUAGCGCUUUCUCUCAGCUUUGGGCAGUCUUGAUAAGGACUUGGGAUUUCAUGAAUCUGGCUUCAUUUAUCAUUAGCAUGCAUUCACAAGUUCGUGAAAACGUCAAGGCGUCAGAGUGACAGAUCCUCAUAAAGUCAUUUUUUCUACCACCUGUUCACCCAUUAAAUCUACGAUCAGCUUUAUCCCACCAAAUCCUAGUAAAUUAUUCCGAAGGGUAUAAUAUCAUGUCUUAUCAUUUCACGAGUCAUCUUUAUCUUUAAAGUACACCCCGUUACUUUUUCAUUUUCGUCCAUCAACUACAGUUUUUGUCUUCUGCUUUUUUAAAACCUGAAAAAAUUUGGAAAUUAGAUCUCACAUUAGGUGCUCAUCCUCUUUUUCUAAUUACUUUCUUCUGUUCUAAACUUUCUCUCAUGUAGCUUUGAGCCACAUUAUUCCUCAUUUUUUUGCCUCUAAAAUGUCUCCUAUUUACGCAUCUGAUGACUAUUUCUUAUUAUCUUACCAUCUGUCCAACUUAAUGUGACCAUGCUAGUAAUUCUAGGAUAUCAAGUACGAUUUCUUUUAAGAACUCGUACUCUGAUAUAUCAGAGUACGAGUUCUUAGGAGGAAUCCUACUCUGACAUACAUACGCCUCUGUUUUUAUGUAUCAAGUACGAGUUCUCUCUCUCUCUCUCUCUCUCUCUCUCUCUCUCUCUCUCUCUCUCUCUCUCUGUUUUUAUGUAUCUCUCUACGGAAAACGAUACUUGAAAUUAGAUUUUCUUCCUUUAAUGCUUUAUCUGCAGACAGAUUAACAGAUUUAUUUUUCUUUAUUCCCUUUAAUACCGUUGGCUUCAAUAAUCUUAAAACCUACAGAAACUUUUCGUCAUAGUAUCAAUGAAUCUUUUGAUGCGAACAUAAAUGUAUGCACUGGAAUCAAAGUCUAUUAAAACUAUACACGAAAUAAAUUAUUACGACUGCAGUCCUCUCAUCAAGAAUCAAAGGGUAAUCUUCGAUGUGGAAUAAAUUAUGAUUUUUUCAUAAUGAUCGGUUGCUCUUUUAAACACAUUCGUAAUGGCGUGCAUAUAGAUUCUUUAAUAAUGUUGGUCAACUGCUAUUUCCAACUGGUAUACAUAUGCUUUUGCCUCCGUACCAAGAGAAAUUGUGCGCAAAUCCUCUUUUAUUUUUUCGAAUUUCCUCUGUCAACUAAGUAAGAUACUAACCUAAAUACUCAUAUAUCCGUCAUAUCAAUUGAGACGAAUUUUAUCAGUGCUCUUACCGUUCGCCUUAGUAUCUUCUAUCGAUUUCUGUUUUCUUACAACUCGCUGGUUUGUCAUCCACGCAAGUAUUGAAACCUAAAUUUUGGUGCUUCAACCUAGGCAAUUGCAUUGCAUUGCUCCCUGGAUAUAGCUCGACUACGGCGCUUUUGCUACAGACAUAUAGCGCUAUUGUUUCAUCUUUGAGGCCGCAACCAGUGAAUAAUAUGUUGGAUUUUCUAAUUAUUCACCUUCUCCAUCAUUUCUAGUGUACAUCUGAUUACAUAUUCGUGAUGCCUGUCGUCGUCGUAGAACCGUCAUUGGAUUAUAUUGGGCGUGCUCUAUCAGUUCCCCAUCUCAACCAGUGGAAUGCAGGUCGGCUCUACCCCGGAUUUGAUGGUCGCAUUUAUUGAUUUCUUCCUGGGUGGUGAUGAGAAGCGAGAGGAUGUCGCCGCCUCAAUCCAGCAGAGAUUUCCACUGUGCGUCAUCUUUGGCGGAAAUGGAAAUUUCAUGUCCCCAUACUAUAUGCACGAUGAUACACUCCUGAGGAAUCUCAUUGGCCAGGUAAUUUUCAGUAUUCCACGAAAAAAAUUCACGGCCCUAUUUUUUCUUUGAUUCUCAUUCUAUGACCAGCAUGUGCUAAUUCCCGUUCUUAUCCCCAGUAUGUACCUGCGCCAAUCUGGAGCAGAUUCAUCGCUGGUCUCAACGCUCAACUAAGGACGCUUCGGCAGACGAACAUUCACUCCGGACUCAAUCUGCUUCUUGCAUGGAUUUCUAGCCAUGCAAACCCCCGACUCGAUUGUCACGGGGUUAAAAUCGAACUGGGUUGGUUCCAGGGUACAGCAUCUGGUUACUACCAGCUUGGCAUCCUGGUUUCCGUGAACGACUCUUUUAUCCUCCAUAUGCACCAUCAAGUUCUCGGUGCAACCAGCCCUGAACGCCCCAGGUAUUUCAUAGCGAUUCACAUAGCAUAUUAGUUGACGCAGUGAAUAUUUAUGGAGAGUUCUCUGGAUCCCCGUUUUCCCUAAUUACUAUCUUUGGGAAAAUCUUAUUUUCCAGGAGAGGUUCGUCAUCUCCUCAUAAGUCUCUCGUGCGGCUUCAGCAAAAUAAUCCACCCAUCAGCCAAACAGGCUCCCGUAGACGAACCACUGGAGGCGUCAACGGCACGAUUAUCAGUGAAGCGACCUUAAGAUCAUUGCAAUGCAAGAGAGAUUAUCUUUUUCCUUUUUCUCUGCUCCUGCAAAACACCAGGCCCAUUGGUAUCGAUGUAAGUGCCUUCCUUUUCUUAAGUGCCACUGUUUAUAACAACAAUUUGGAAGGAAUUGUAGCCUGAUUAUUAUGUUUGCAAAUUUAUCUAGAAACUUGUCAUCGUUAUAGUUCUUAUAAAUUGAGACUUUUUUAUUCUAGUUUACUUUUUUCUUAAAUUUAUAAAGAAACUCUAAAUGAAUAAAGUUCAAAUAGUACCUAGUCUUAUCUUACCUUUCUCCUCGUGACGUUGCGCUGACUGCGUUCUUUUCCCGUUUAGGAAACGCUGCAGCUGCUCAUAUGCGGCAUGCUAUUGGGCGACAUUGUGGUCACUCUUCUAAUGCUGCUUCAGUUCUACUGGAUUUAUCUGUGGACUUUCCUUGCUGUGCUGCUGAUUCUUCCCUUGUCGCUGAUCUCCACCUUCCCUGCUGGCCUGAAUGCCCUUUUCAGUCGAGGGCCUAAGAGAUCUACCCUCGCCCGUAUCUAUGCACUCUGGAACGCCUCAUCCCUAUCAAACGUGGUAAGUUCUUGGCGGAUUACUCUGUAGGUCGAAUUCGUCGAUGAACUUUUUAAGAUUUUUAUGAAGCUUCAUGAUUUUCGCUCUCAAGUUUAAUCACUAACUGCUUGUCUUAUAUUUUAUAUAAAAAAAUUCAGUCAAUUUCUAUUUGAAGAAGGUUUCCGUUUUGAAUGUUAACAUAUGAAACAUACAUACAUGAACAAAAGAUAUUUUACCUAAAAUACUAAAGAAAAAUUCAUCCUGUCGCCUGUUUAUUUUAUUCCAGAAACUGAAGAAAAAAAUUAUUUACUGAAACGUCUUUAUUUUAUUUUGUCACAUAUGAUGGAUUAAGCAUGACAUCAUCAAGAAAUGUCGACCAGUUGGAAUCAUUGGCUGAGUCAGCAUAUCUAUUUUUUUCUAGUCAACCUCUUCCCCUUCCUGAGAGAACAUCUCCGAUUAUGGUGACAUUAUCCAAUCAAAAAAGCUUCAAAUUACUUGAAAUGGAAUUGUACGCAGGAACCAAGGAUCACCCAUUUAUAAAAGUGCAUAUUCUACCCUUCUUAAGCAUCUCUAUAUUCUCUCACUCAUGUGAACGUAUUCUUUAUGCAGUCUGUGCUAUAUAAAUCUAUAGUUAAUUAGUUAGUUAGUUAGUUAGUUGUGGCAAGUUCUAAGAUGGAUCCUCAUUCCAUUGCAGGCCGUGGCUUACUUUUCUGGGAUUAUUUUGUACGGAUUUUCACCCUCUGAAGCGCCUUCUGAGGGUCAUUCAUGGAGCAUCAGGUCAGUCUCGUCCUCUUCCCCCAGCCUCUUCUCCACACUCGAAAUAGGGAAGAAACCUCACUCGGCCUCCGUUACGAUUCCGAUAGAGCUGGUGAUGUCAUUAAUGGUGGCUGCUAGGGCUCUCGAGAAUUUCUUGGCAUCUCCAUAGUCAGAAAUAGUAGUCGCCACCAUCCCUUGAAAAAAAUAAAAGCCGCCCAGUGUCUUUGAUUGGUCGUGCGCGAGAAGUAAUAGUGGUAGUCGCCGUUGGGAGGAGAAACGUUUGUCCGACGCAUAACAAUAACGUAUGAUGGUUUCUUCGGCUUCUUACACGCGAUCUCAUCUCAUCUUAUCUCGACAGGGAGGAUAACGCGUGGUGGGCCCUGCCGACGGUCCUGGUCCUGUUGAAAUCGGCCCAAGCCGGGCUCCUCAACUGCCACGUCGCGAACCUGGAGAUCGAUGACCGCUCUCUCCUCAGCGGCGACCCCGACGCCUUCUGGGGCCCUGCUGCUGUUGCUGCUGCUGCUCCCCACAGCACACGCUGUUGA